CUGACAGUUCGUAAAAUAUUGCGUUUACAUCUAAAACAAUAAAUCUAACAAUUAAAAGGGUGUUUCUUCUCCGAUUACAUAGCUAUAGCCUACUAUGACAUGUUAUAAAGGUAGUUGACGCAGCCGUCAUUUGGGAACAGCCGUGUAACAUUCGCAACAAUUAGCGAUACAUUGGAGUCCAUGUAGCCUAUAUUGAGAAGGAGAGCAGUGGAAUUCCAGGGCAGUAGAACUCGGCGUUGACAGGAGAAUCGUGUGAGCUCAUUGGACGACGAGGCCGUAUAAAUUGCUGCAGCGCUGUAACUCAAAUUAGACAACUGCGGACUGACGCCCUGAAAUAUCGUUGAGGGCGAUCUUCACCCUGGGAAACGGACUAAGGAUCUAAAUAUUUUUACACGAUUGUCUUUAGUUUCACUCAUUUUAACAUUAAAGAUGAAGGAACGAAGAAUGACACAGCCGCUGGUGGCGAGGUGUAAACUGGUCCUAGUCGGGGAUGUCCAAUGCGGAAAAACAGCAAUGUUGCAAGUGCUGGCCAAGGAUUGUUAUCCUGAGACAUACGUGCCAACAGUGUUUGAAAACUACACAGCCUGUCUAGAGCUUGAAGAACAGCGUGUGGAACUGAGCCUAUGGGACACGUCAGGUUCCCCAUAUUACGACAACGUGCGCCCCCUCUGCUAUAGUGACUCUGAUGCCGUUCUCUUGUGCUUGGACAUCAGCCGCCCAGACACCAUCGAUAGCGUACUGAAGAAGUGGAAGACAGAAAUCCAGGACUUCUGCCCCAGCACCCGAAUCCUCCUCAUCGGCUGCAAGAUGGAUCUGCGCACGGAUGUCUGCACUCUCAUGGAGCUGUCCAAUCAGAAACAGACGCCUGUCUCCCAUGAGCAGGGUUUGAGCCUGGCCAGGCAGCUGGGAGCCGAAGCUUACCUGGAGUGCUCGGCCUUCACCUCGGAGAAGAGCAUCCACAGCGUCUUCCGCACGGCGGCGGCCGCCUGCGUCAGCAACCCCCGCCCCCCCCUUAAACCCAGCCCCACCCGCCGCCUCUCCAAGAGACUACUGCACCUGCCCAGCCGGGCCGAGCUGCUCACCUCCACCUUCGGCAAGGAGAAGGCCAAGAGCUGCUCUCUGAUGUGAGCGCCCGCGUGCUGAGAACAGCGCCCCCUCUGGGCUGGGAGUGGGGGGGAGCAGCGGAAUCGUCAACAGAGAGCUCCUUCCUGAACCCCUCCUCUCACCCCGACCCCUCCAAAAAACCCAUCUGACAUCCGUCGCCCGUAAAGUCCUGAUUUGUACAGCGCUGUUUUAAUUCACCCGUACCUUCUUUUUACACAAAGGUGCGGCCAUGACUGUUUUCCUUUACCAGCAUUGCUUUUACAAACCUCAUUUUAUUCAAAAAAAGAGCCACCGGACUAACGGCACAGAGCUGUGUCUGAACUGGGGAGGAAGUGUUCUGCUGUGUUUCUAUGUCGUGACAUUCAUGCCUUCAUGAAUCUGAAAGCAACACAGGUGUGUUUACCUUUCUGGGUGACCGGAGGUUCUUCCCCGCAUAUAAAAUAUGCACUUCAGCCUGUUGGGGAACAGACGGCAGUGUGAAAUCAUGUCUGAAAGGGGCUGGCUUGGGUGAGCGUGGCUCCGCCCACGCUGGAACGAGGCAGGUAUUGGUUUGGUAAAUCGCCGUGGCGACCCAAGCCUGGGAUCUAUAUUGGACUUGUUUACUUGCCUGCAAGAGUGAGCAGUGGCUGCACACUGCUGUCCCUCCCUCAACAGCGCUGACGUCUGAUCGAUGAAUAGUGGGGUGGCACCCCAAAAAAUGCUUCUCCCCCUGAUCUGAGAUCAGUAUUACUGAGGUGAAUAAAGGUCUCACCCUCUAAUCUGGGAUCAGAAUUACAGAGGGCAAUGGGCCAGCAAGAGAAAUAUAUUAAACUGGGGGCUCCAGAAUAGACCAGGCAUAAAACAUGGUGCACAUGGGGUUUUCUAAAGGAAUGGUAAUAAAUCCGCAAAGCCACUCCAAUUAUUUUUAUUAUUUUUUAUUUUUUUGAGUGAGGUCCGUUAAAAAGGGCGAACUACUCUCCGGUAGUGUUUAAUAUUUAAAUUGCAUCCCAUGGUGUGGGUUAUUGGAAAGGACAGCGGUAAUAAAUUCUUUUUGUGCAGAAGGGCUGAUGCCUUAAGGCCGUGGAACUCAUGGGUGAUUGGUGUCAGUGGCCGGGGAGGUGGGCACAGUCACAUCUGUCUAAGUGACACGCUUGGCUGUAGUCCUGCGGGAGGGAACAGUAAACAGACCUGUCUGCAUGCAAGAUUAACUGCAUGGCUGGCAACAUAAAAGCAGUGUGGUUUUCUAUCAUGAAAAUCUGGUUAUUGGAGAGAGGUUCAUUGAAAAUGUGUGAAAUUUGUCUGACACUUACGCCCUUAAUUGACCUUGAAAAGAAAAUCAGAGAUAGAGAUGGAUACCUCAUCUCCAUCACCAUGUUGAGCUUCUGUUUUUACUAUUUAUUUUUGCGAUCUGAAACAUAAACCCUUGUAGGUCUUCCUUUUUUAAAUUUUAUGCAUUUCAAAAGAAAUACGACUGCAGAACUUGCUCUGAUGCUGUGCCUUUUUCCUGAUGAUGAUGACAAUGAUGAUGAUGUUAAUGACGAAGGCUUUUCCAUGUGAAAAUGCUUCCCAUUUCUCUAGUCUUCCCCCUCCCCCUUCCCUCACCUUCAACAUGCACAUUUUCAGCCUCCCAAUACAACUAUCAAGGGCAAUCCCUCUUCAGACCACACCAUGACCAUCUUUAAACCACAACAGGACCAUAUUUAAAUCAAACCAUGACCAUCUUUAUCUGAAAUGCUUCCCUUGGUGAUUGUAACUUUUAACUUAAAGCUUUUGGUCAAAUGACUGUCAGUGUUUAUUCUAGGAAUUAGAACUUGUUCUGAAGGUUUUGUUAGUGCACAAUCCAAUAACGUAUCUGAGCAGAACAGCUGUGGUCUUCAAGUCUAGGGACAGGUGAAACUGCAGUUGCCGCAGAUAUCUUGUGACAGGUUUAGUCUCAGAGCAUGCAUGACAACAUGUUUUAAAAAGCAUCAGUGUUCUUCUGAUUUAUUUCUAACAACAUUAUUGGACAUUAAUCUUUUCCAUCAGCUUCAUUCAUAGAGGUUUGAACACAUGGUGAUAAUAACAGUUCAAAACUGAAGAAGUGCUGGGGUGAGCUGGUGUGGAGAAAUGCUUUUCAGUGAUUGAUCAGUUUUGGGGAGCAGAUAGAUUAGAGGUUGUGGAGAAGGGGAAACUGGCUGGGAAGGGUAUGCAGGGUCCAAGGAAGGAGAACGGGCUGGACCUGUCCAAAGAUAUUUUUACAUGUUAACUUUAGAAGUUAAGAGUUUAGUCAUAGUGUUUUUCUUUUCCUAAAACUUGAUAUCAGUUUCCCAGUUUUUCAGUUGCCAUGUAGAUUAUCUCGUACCUGGAUCAAUGAGCAGCCUUCUUUGUGUUUGACUUGAGGAAGUUACAGGCACAGAUAUAUUUUAUUUAGGCAUUCAAAGAUUUUUUUUUGCCUAGCAACAGUUAACCUGAGAAUGGUCCUUGGGUUUCGGAGACAGCUGAUUGUCAAAGGAUGAGCUCAUCUAUCGCUGUAGCAUCAAGUGAAGCCACUGUUCAAGUGAUGACCGGAAACACAGGACAGGAAAUCGGCCUUUACAUCAUUUGAUUGAUGUGCGUUCUGUGGAUGUCAAUCACAUUUGGGAGUCCAUUGCAUGUUAUAAAUAUCCAGGUCAGGCUCAUUUUCUGCAUUUCACAGCCAUUGUCUAUCAAUGGUACUUACCAUAUUAUUGUUACAUGAAAGCUAAUAGUCUGGUUGUACAUGUCUUGUUUUAUCUAUCUUCGUAAAAACUUCUGAAAGAAUGUGGGAGAAAAAUGUCAUUGAUUUAACAAAAAAGACAGAAAAAAGAAAAAAAAACAA